AUGAUGAAGUUACUUGACAAUUAUUUUGAUUUAACUUGCUUAGUUACUGUUAAAGAUUUAUUAUUCGCAACCAGUACACAAUGUGAAAAUCUGGAAAUAAUUGUUUUCGUAAUCAGGAAUGGAGAUAUUGUACUGCAUGGUUCACAUUUAAAUCAGCAUCACCCUGUUGUACGGUGGUUGCCUUGGUAUGAUGAUAUUAAAAAAAAAAUAUGUGCCAUAACAUUAGAACCCAAAGAUGCGGAGUGGGCAUUGGUUGCAUGUUAUGACGGUUCAUUGUAUCUAGUUCCUAUUUUGUCAUUGUUGGGAAUGAAUAACAAAGAAAAUUCAGAAUAUUCUAAGUGGUUGAAACAUGACAUAACCCAAAUCAAUUCACCACUAAUUAAUGAAACCGGAUUUGUUCCCUGUUCAGUUGCAUGGUUAACUCAUACUGAAAUCACUGCAGAAGACAGGCAUAUUGGAAUCUUAGGAUCAACCUCGGGACAUAUUAUAGUAUUUACUCUUCUCACUGCUGAUAUUCUUUUCAAGACUAAAGUAGAGGGACGAAUAAAAUUGAUAGAAGUGUGCGAUGCAGUACAACAAGUCUAUAUUAUAAUUACUAAUGAACAUGGUUUCCAGUGGCGUAUUAUCCUUGACCCAGUUGAAAAAGAAAACAAGCAGGAUACAACUUUGAAUUCCAGAGAGGAUCAUGUUGAUUCAAUUGAAUUGAAACAUAUUACUACAGAGAAGGAUAUUAGACAUUGGAAGAUGAAAUUUAAACAAAGAUUUAAAAAGCCUGCAGUUAACUUCUCUGUCGAAUGUAGUAAAGAAGAAACCAUUCCAUGUGAAACACCAUUUCAGUUAAAUGUCAAAUUACAAAGUGUCAUAAAAACGUUAUUAACUGUACAUAACUCUUGCUUAUCUGCUAAAUAUCCUUCAAGAAUUGUCACGAUAGAAGAUUUCUCAUCUCAUGUAACAACAGUUCACAAAUUACCUGAUGACUUUGGUUUUUUAAUCUUGACAAAAUCUUUUAUCAUUUUUACCAACAAACUUUUGAAUACUAUUAAAAUAGUUUCUCGUAAACUUUCUGUGUGCAAAGAAGAAACAAAUAUUGAUCUUCUUAAUGCUGAAUUUAUUCAAGAAUCUUUAUUGGAAGAAUAUGCCCUGAAAGAAAACGAAAGAAUCCUGAAAAUGUUUUGUGUUGACUAUUCAAAAGAUAAAUUUGUUAUUAUAACAAAUCAAGCAUUUUAUAGACUUAAACUAAAGAUUGACCCGCAUAAAUUAGUUUUGAAAAAUCUUCUUGCUAAAGAAAACAUUCAGUAUGCUGAAAAACUAAGUUUAAUAUUUAAUUUGGACCUGCAAAAACUAAUUUGUGAGGCAGGCGAUAUCCAGUUAUCAAAAGGAUUUGUUAAAGAAGCAAUUCAUCUGUAUAAUUUAACAAGAUUUGGCGGAACUCAUCUUAUUUUGAUGCUGGCUGUACUUGGUCUCAUGCCUGAGCUUUUUGAUGCUUUAAGAACCUGUCAGUAUGCCCAGUCAUAUAAACUUCAUUUUAUGAACUUGAAACUUCUUGUUUUCUUGCAUCAAAUGUUGACUAACUAUUCUGCAAGACUACAUAAUAUGUUCAGGGAGCUCCUUCUUCAAUCUGGUUAUGACGAGGCCUUAGCUGUUAGUGUUUUGACUCAAGCUGGUCUAUGUGAGGAACUUCUUUAUUUGACUAAGAAAAAAGGAUUACAUCCUAUAACCAUGAGUGUUGUUAUGCAUUUUGCUCGACAUAAUCAUUCUAUGAAUAUAUCCAGUCUUUCUGGUUUUUGGUAUCUCAUUAGUGAUCGUUCAUUUUGUGACACACUGUUAGUCAAACCAAAUUUUGUUUUAUAUCAUCAGAAACUUCUUUUGAGCUCUUUGCCAUCUUUAAAUAAAGAUAUUCUUUUAAAUUUGGAAGCAUUAUAUAACCCAUUCAGUGUGUCUUUGCGAUCAUGGAUUACUAAUUUAGUACAGGGUGAUGUUCCACUUCAAGUAUGGAUUCAAACCUACAUUUUAAUAUGCACAUAUCUUUCAUUAAAGGAAAAUAAAAUUAACAUUGAUACUAUCAGCAAAAUCUCAUUGGGUCAAGAGUGGAAAUUUAUUAAUUUGAAGCUUGGAGUUCAUGAGAAUAAGAUCAGUGCUGGCUUUAAUCAUGCUGCUGUAGUAAUUGAUGGAAAUGCCUAUGCUUGGGGUUGUACUUCCUUCAGUUGUUUAGGUAAUGGACCUACUAAUCGCUCAGUAUCUGGACCUGCAUUUAUUGAAACAUUCUUUAACAUUGGAGUUAGGGUAUUUUCAAUCUCAUGUGGAAGAAACCAUACCCUAGCAAUUACUGACAAUGGGGUUUAUUCUUGGGGCAACAAUAAGUAUGGUCAAUUAGGAAAAGCUCAGGUUGUUCAAUCUUCCUAUCCUUCAUUAAUAGAAGCUUUAAUGGAUUAUAAUAUUAUUCAGAUAGUUGCUGGUCAAUAUCAUAGUGUAGCUUUGGAUGACAAGGAGAGAGUUUUAACAUGGGGUUGGGGUGUACAUGGCCAACUAGGUCAUGGUAAUAUAGAAGACUGUCUUACUCCUAAAGUUGUUAUGUCAUUAAUGAAUGAAGGAAUACAAUGCUGUGAUGCUGGACAAGCUCAUACAUUAUUUUUGAGCAAAAAUGGCACUGUUUGGGCUUGUGGCUCUAAUACAUUUGGACAAUUAGGCACUGGCAGAAAUAAAAAAUCAUCAGUUCCUUUAAAAAUAUGUAGUUUAACAGAAAAAAUCAGAUUUAUAUCUUCUGGUUAUUUUCAUAAUUUUGCUGUAACAUUUAAUAAUCAAAUUUUUAGUUGGGGAAGUAGCCCCAAUUUACUUCGUACUGCGGCACAUUCAGCUAAAAGGAAAAUGAAAGCAUCUGUUGAGGAAAAAAAAGAACCAACCUCAGUUGAUGAUGCUAUCGAUUUUCUGGUCCCAAAGAUAGUGGAUACAUCUCUUAUCGACGGCAACAUUGUUAAGGUAGUUGCCGGAAGUGAGCAUAAUGUUGUACUAACAGAUACUGGUAAUUUGUACACAUGGGGAAGAAAUAUGGAUGGCCAAUUAGGUAUUAAAACAUCAUCUAUUACAGAACGUCGUACCCAAAACAUUUUAUCACCAACACCCAUUUCAUUUGAUAUUCAAAUUAUGGAUGUUGCUUGUGGUUAUGACUUUACAAUUUGUGUUGACUCAAAAAAAAAAGUUUGGUCUUGGGGUGCCAAUCAUUACUCAACAGGAAAUCAAAAUGCCUUGGCCAGUCUUGAAGGAGAAAUUGUCAUUGUAAAUAAUAAAAAUCGUGUUAUAAAAUUUCCUCAUCAUACUUCAAAUGUUCAACCCUUACCAACUUUAUUAGAAAUACCCAUUGAAGAAGAACUCAAAAGAAAAGAUCUCAAGCCUAUCAUACCCUCUAUUCUUCAAAGUAAUAAUUGGCGGUACAGGAUGCACUAUGCUAUUGAAACAUUAGAAAAACAUUAUUUUAGUCCUACAUUUCUAAAGCAGUGUGUUGAUGUUGGUGAAUAUGAUGCUUCUGCAAAAUUAUACCAAGUUUCAGGAUCAUUAUCUACUUCACUGAUGUCAAUUUUACAAUCAUUAAAAGAUGGUUAUAAAUCAGAUUCAUUUAUUAAAAGUAUUGUCUCUUAUUAUAUUUCUGUUGCUGUUAAUGAUAAUGAUAAACUUCAAGACCUCUUAAUAGAUGUAGUAAAUUUUUGGAUUCAAAAUGGAUUGCCUAUUUCUCAUUUGGAAGAUGUAUUUUAUACUUUUUGGAAAAGUACUGCUGUACACUUCAGUAAAUUAUUUUUCAGGGUUGAUUCAAAAUAUAGUUACUUUAACGCUAAUUUUUCUACUAAGUUCAAAUUGAAAGUGAUGGAAUCCAUGAUUGCUGAAAAAGGAAAUUAUGUAGAGUGUAUAUUGGAAGAUUGCUCUAAUGUGAAUGAUGUGUUAACAGCCUUGGAGAAAGUUGAUGAUUAUGUUGACAUAACUCUUGAUGAUCAAUCGACGAAGACAAUUACCUUCGAAAAUUACUCUGAGUUUUCUUAUCAUAAUAUGAGUAGCUGA